AAAGUGGAAGCGAACAUGGCGGAGGGGGAGGCGCCCAAGGAACGAGGGAGGAAAGGGCAGAGGGAGGCGGGACCAGGGGCGGGGAGGAGGAGGAGGAGCGGAGGGCGGCUGGUCCUGAAUCAGCAGUCGAGGCAGAGGUGGACCAAUCCCGAAAAAGCGCGGGCUCCUUUGAACGUUCUCGGGUCCAAUAGCGGAGAGUCUGACUGUAUAAAAGAUGGACGGCGCCCUACACAUCGUAGCACUGUCUACUGUCUCUUCUUUACUGCAGCCAUGGCUCGCACGAAGCAGACGGCCCGCAAGUCCACCGGCGGCAAGGCCCCGCGCAAGCAGCUGGCCACCAAGGCUGCCCGCAAGAGCGCGCCGGCCACGGGCGGCGUGAAGAAGCCGCACCGCUACCGGCCCGGCACCGUGGCGCUGCGCGAGAUCCGGCGCUACCAGAAGUCCACGGAGCUGCUGAUCCGCAAGCUGCCGUUCCAGCGCUUGGUGCGCGAGAUCGCGCAGGACUUCAAGACCGACCUGCGCUUCCAGAGCUCGGCCGUCAUGGCGCUGCAGGAGGCCUGUGAGGCCUACCUGGUGGGCCUGUUCGAGGACACCAACCUGUGCGCCAUCCACGCCAAGAGGGUCACCAUCAUGCCCAAGGACAUCCAGCUGGCCCGCCGCAUCCGCGGGGAGAGGGCGAGUGAGCCGGGCGCUCACUUGGAGCUGGUGUACUUGGUGACGGCCUUGGUGCCCUCGGACACGGCGUGCUUGGCCAGCUCCCCGGGCAGCAGCAGGCGCACGGCCGUCUGGAUCUCCCGCGACGUGAUGCUCUCCUUGCGGCUGCGCUUGCGCUUCUUGCCGUCCUUCUUCUGCGCCUUGGUCACCGCCUUCUUGGAGCCCUUCUUCGGGGCGGGAGCGGACUUCGCGGGCUCAGGGUUUUCUCAACACGUUUGUUCCAUCUCUGUUGCCAUGGCACGUACUAAGCAGACGGCCCGCAAGUCCACCGGCGGCAAGGCCCCGCGCAAGCAGCUGGCCACCAAGGCUGCCCGCAAGAGCGCGCCGGCCACGGGCGGCGUGAAGAAGCCGCACCGCUACCGGCCCGGCACCGUGGCGCUGCGCGAGAUCCGGCGCUACCAGAAGUCCACGGAGCUGCUGAUCCGCAAGCUGCCGUUCCAGCGCCUGGUGCGCGAGAUCGCGCAGGACUUCAAGACCGACCUGCGUUUCCAGAGCUCGGCCGUCAUGGCGCUGCAGGAGGCGAGCGAGGCCUACCUGGUGGGUCUGUUCGAGGACACCAACCUGUGCGCCAUCCACGCCAAGAGGGUCACCAUCAUGCCCAAGGACAUCCAGCUGGCCCGCCGCAUCCGCGGGGAGAGGGCUUAAAUCUCAUUGCGCAGUCACAAACCCAAAGGCUCUUUUCAGAGCCACCUACACUUCUAUGGAAAGUGCUGGCACUGU